GCGAGAAAGAAAACUGCUCGCAUCGCACGUACUCUCGUCGGUGCAUGCACAGUAUAACAGUACGCGACGGUCGCGGCUCUGUGCGCGCACACACACAGACAGACAGACACAUACUCUCUCUCUCUCUGUAUUAUAUACACACGCACGGUGAUACGUACCGCGAAUACGGUGUGUGCCUCUCUGGCCAGCUAGUAAAGAGAGAGAGAGAGAGAGAUACAUUAGAGGAAAGUUACGCCGAGAGACUUCGGAGUGCGCGAAGUGAGCGAGCGAGAGAGAGAGAGAGAGGGAGGAGAACGCGGGGCCAGACUCAAACUGCACAGCACACGCUCUCUGCUCUGUUGUUGCUCAGGCACUACAACAUUAUACCAGUGCUCCGUUCUGCAGCCCGAUUUCGCGACUGUGCAGUGCGCGACGACGACGACUAGUGCGUCCGUCCGCGUGUCUGUGUCUGCGUCUCCGUCGUCGCACAUACAUCGUCAUCCGUGUUGUUGUCGAUCGUCGUCGUCGGCCCGUAGUGCAACAACGCGCGGGCCUUCACAGUCGAACGUCAACGAGCGACUAACGAUUUCUCAACCUCUGAACGACGACGACUACGACACUGCUACAUAAACAGCGGUAUACAUUGGCACGCGUCGUCUUCUCCAUAUCAGCCGCAAUCAUACAUAAAGUUUCGACUGUGUUUGUGCGUGUGCGAUUAUGUGAGAGACUAUCUCGACUGUCUUCAUAAUAUGUACAUAUACUCGAACUGUGUCGCCGUGCGCGCUGCAGGUGUAUUAUAAUACACACAACGCGAAAGAAUAGUAGCGGAGCGCGCCUGCGAAAACUGCGCUACGUUUUUCAACAUUGUAAAAGCUGCGUGCAACGGUGCUUGCUCGCUCGCUCUCUUUCAGCCGCAGCAGCAAGUGAGCGCGAGUCGUGACUUCGCAGCCGUUGCUUUUAUACAACUUUUAGUAUAUUAUUAUGUAUCGUACAGUGUUGCGAAAAGAGCGGCUGCAGUUUGCAAUAUUAGGAGUUUAAGAGGCGUACGAACAGCAGUGUGCGCGGCGAAACCAAUAACAUAAUUUAGCCAAGGAAAGAGAAAAUGCUCGAAACGGUCGCGCUCUCGAUGUGUUGAUGCAGCGCUGCUCCGUUUUGUUAUACUCAUUAUAGAGUCGACAUAAGGAUUCGCGCAGUUGGCGAGCGAUGCCCCAACCGCCCCCGCUGCAGAUCUCUACUUGGUCUCUCUGGCGUGCAGCAGCAGCAGCAGCGUAUAACUUACGGCUGCAGCAGUAGCAGCAGCAGCCACACAGCGCCUGUUAUAUACCGUGUGCUGUCUUGCGUCCGUGAGUGCGCGUUGUGUUGUAUAUUCGCAAAAGAGACACACAGUGUGUGCGCGAAAGAGAGAAAAAGAGAGAGACAGAGAACGUUGAGGCCGAGCCGCCGGCCCCCCACCGAACAUAACCUUAUAUACCGUAAGAACAACCCUGAUCUGUAAACUACUGCGGCCCCGAGUCUGCGAGCGAGCGAGUGUGUGCACAUUAUAUAGAUUCGGAACGGAGCGAGCGAGAGAGAGAGAGAGAGCGAGCGCGCGCGCGUCUCAGCUCGCCGCAGCCAUCGCAGAAUAGUUCGAAAACUGCUCUCUGCUGCUUUUCUCUCGGAUUACGCUCGGAUGACGAAGACGGGGCACGACGCUUCGUCGCCGAUGCCGUUCGCGAGUGACACGUCGCAGAAUAUCUAUAUAUUUAACGCACGCGUUGGCAAUAUAUACGCGCUGCUGCAAGUGUUAACAAACAACCACUGCUACUACUAAUACUGCUGCUACUACUACUGCAAUAAUAAUAAUAAUAACAACGCUGGCUCCGUCCGUUGAGCGUAAGCGUUUGAAAGGAAGAAAAAGAUAAGGAAAGUUCAAUCGUGUGUAUGGCUAGAGUCGCCGAACUUUGACAGCACAGCACAACGUUUGAUUAUUAUAUAUAUAAAACUCGCGCGAGGCUCGGAGCGUUGCUCAACAACCGCUCUCGCCCGGUCUGACUAUAAUUUGGAAUUUUCGGAGUCGGAAGAGGAGCGCGGCUACGUGUGCUUGUAUAUAGUUUAGUUGGUAUAUACAGCCGCGACUGCCGCCGUCACGCGAGCGCCAAUACUCUACGAGUGUAAAAGAGAGAGAGAGAGAGAGCAACUCGACGACUCCUGGGCUGACUAGCUGUCGUUUCGGCCGCUAAUCAAAAGUGCUACUACACUGCCGCAGCGUGUUGUGUGUAUGUGUAAGUGAGCGUGUGUGCCGCUCUAACUGCCGUGUGCCACCGAUAUCUCUCUCUCGUCGUCGUUCAGUGCUCGUAAUCUGCAGUACCUCUUCGUGCAAUUAGCAGCCCGUGCGCGCGUGAGACGGCCGCGAGUGUCUCUGUUGGUGUCUGUGUGUGUGUGUCUCUGUGUAUACUUCUCUUCUGUUGGCAUAUCUGUUUCUUAUUUUAUUCUUUUGAUGUUUCUCUGUGUACGUGUCGAGUGAGUGCGUGCGUGCGUGCUAGCCGUGAUCAUCGAUAUCGAUGCCGCAUAUAUGCAUCUCGACUGAGAAUCAAAGAGAGAGAGCUUAUGACAAAGUGUAAAUCGCAGCAGUCAAGUGCAACGAUUCGACGCGCAGCAGUGUAACUCCGCGAGUGUCCCUCGUCGUCGCCCGCGUUUCUGCGCGAGUGCGUGCCUGUGUAUGUAACCGGCGCCUCCAAGUCCAGAAGGAGGCGCUACUGAAGACGAUGACGAUGGGGUUGGAACCAUGACGCACCCUUCCCAUCAAACCAACGGCGCCAGCUUGGAGGACUGCCACACCAACUUCUUCGCUCUAACGGACUUAUGCGGCAUAAAAUGGAGGAAGCUGGUGUGGGGCGAGUCUGCGGGGAGCUUCGGCGGCGCCCUACUCGAGGACCCGGUGCUGUCGAGCUUCUCGCGCUGCCUCGCCGGCGACAUACUGUGCGUCUGGCGGCGCGUCUCGCAGGCCUCUGCCCAAGCCCAGAACCAAGCGACGAAUCUCUUCGACCUGAACGCCGCCAUCGCGCCAUCGCCGGCGCCGCCGCCGCUAUCGCUCCAAGCGGCCAAGGAGCUCUGGAUAUUUUGGUACGGCGAGGAGCCCGAUCUCAGCGGCCUCGUGUCGCCCGAACUCAUCGCUUGUGAAAGCGAACAAGGCUCAUGGGAGAGCGGUCUUUCGUACGAAUGCAGAUCGCUCCUCUUCAAAGCCCUUCACAAUUUGAUCGAGCGCUGUCUGCUGUCCAAAGAUUUCGUACGACUUGGCAAAUGGUUCGUUCAACCAUACGACGGUUUUGAAUCGCAUCGAUGCUCGAGCAGUCACCUGUCAUUUUCGUUCGCCUUUUUCGUGCACGGAGAGAGCACGGUAUGUGCCAGCGUCGACGUUAGGCAGCACCCAGCCGUGCGGCAUCUCACGCGGGCUUUCUUGCAGCGCAUCCAAAGCUCGCAAUUGCCUGCCAAAGUGAUACUGGCGCCGUACGGAUUGGCUGGAACGAUGACCGGCCAAGUGGGCCGAGUCGAUUCGCAAGUGCUCGACGAGUGGAAGCACUUCUAUCCGAUCAACAGUGCCUGCCUCGAGGCGGGUCUGCCGAGCCUGGUCGAAGUGCUGGUCGGCGGUGUGCGUAUGCGCUAUCCGUCUUGUUACGUCCUCGUCACGGACAUGGACGAGACGAGUCUGGAGUUGGCCGGGCUGCCACUGUCGCCGCCUACGAGCCCGGCCAGUUACGAGCAUCCACUUAGCACACAGAGGGAUCUGGGCCCGGCGACUAAUUUGCCCGAGAGGGUGUGGGCCGAGUGCGUGCUCGGUGCCAAGCUCGACGACGGCGACCAGACCAGCUGGAGCUUCGUCGAUCCGACACUCAAGUCUUCCUGCAAUUGUUCCAAGUGCACGACCAGCAGAACAUCCGGUGGACAGCGAAUAAGUGCCAGUCGGCGACCCACUGUGCCCUUCCACCGAAGACACCACACGAGCAACCUGGAAGCUAAAGCAAAUCCUAAAUCGACUUCGAAAGCCGUGGCUAACACCGCUGCCGCCGCCACUGCUACCUCACAAAAUCAGCAGAAUCAUCCAAGUAAUACCCCGAGAUUAAUGGUCAGUAGAGUGGACAGUAUGAAGACGCCACCUGACAACAGCUCGACUUAUCCUGUGGGCCCACCGACCGGAGGUGACUUUGCCCCUGUGACCUCUGUCGGCUCGCCGAGCUCGCCAGUGCCCUCGCCCAUGCCAACGCCGCACUCCGAGCCUCCCUGCAGUGUACCUCCGACCGACGUGAAUCAACAGCAGGGCAGCGUUCCGGGUGCGUCUGGCAUGAGUCCGCAGCUUCAAAUGGCCGGCAGCAGUCAGCCGCCCAGCAGUGCGGCUCAGCCACCUUUGACGCCGUCGCAGGGCCCCAAAUCGGCCGGUGCUACGCAAGAAAAUUACUCGACGACCACGAGUAGCCAACCGGCUUCUCAUCAAGUGACGAGCACUCCGCCACAGCCUUCGCUCAAGAGACCGCUGUUGUGCUCGCGUGAUUAUGAGGAAGACCUACUUGCGGACGAACAGCAACAUCUUCCUUGGUUGUACGACUAUUCGACGCAAGAAGCUUGGCUCAAUCAUCCGGUCAAGCGGAUAAAGACGGUCCCAACAGGACCAGUGAUUCCAUCGAAAAACACGAGCCUUUAUCCUCCGACCUGGACCAACGUAGACAACGGAGUUGAAGUCGGUAGCGGACAAGGCCAGAAUCAACCCAUGUCCAUAGAAAUCAAGCAGGAGCCUGGGCAGCCAACUGGCGACUGCAUGGGCAGCAGACCCGAUCCCUACGAGUUCGACGCGACCGGUGAGGAGACCGGCGUCGACGGCCUGAAAAGGCAAAGGGAUGACACGAAGCCGAGCUCACUGUUCACUAGUGAAGGCCUCCAGGCGUCUUAUAAAGACUUAGAUCAAAUUUUCGACAAUUCCGAUCCCGAUACUUCCAGCGACGAAACUAAUCUCAAUCAACUGCAGAUGCAAACACCGCCGGGAUCUAACAAGUCUGCAGCGGGCAUGUGCGUUGGCGGAGCGAACAACAAUCUGGAAAACAACAUCAAUUGCCAUAUGGAUAAUCGGCUAGAUAUGAGCUCGGAUCGCUCUAAUUCAACGUCGAAUUCCAUAUCGCAAAACACCAGUAACAGUAAGUUGAACUCGAAUUCAUCUUACGGACGCAAUGUCGGUGUUCUACGUCCGGAAGAGCUGUCAAAAAUGUUCCCAACGCCACCCUCGCUGGAGCACAAUCCUGUUGCCUCGCCUUGCCAAUUGAGCGACCCCAGCCUCGAGCAAACUGACUUGAGCCUGGGGCCGAGGCAAGUCCAGAGACAUCUGCCUGAUAUCUAUCCUAACAUGGGUUCACCGCCUGAAGAAGUGAUUGACGACUGGUCUUACGUGUUUAAACCAGUUACUAUGAACAAAUUGGUAGGCUCGUCAAAGUACGCGCCACUUACUAAUCUACCGAGCCAAAGCCUACCUCCAAUCACUCUGCCACCUCACUGUGUUUAUAAAACAUCAUGGCAGUGUAAUAGUUCCAGUGCCAAUCAGAGCCAAGAAAAGCCUUCUCAACCUACGAGGCCAAAUUCAGUGAUGCAACAACAACAACUGCAGCAUCAACAGCAACAACAGCAGCAGCAACAACAACAGCAGCAGUUAUUACAAUCCCAACAAACUCCUCAACUGCCAUCUCAGACUCAGCUACAACAGCCUCAGCAUUUCUUACCGCAGCCACAAACGCAUUUAUCUCAGCAGACAUUGUUGCCAGCGAGUCCUGCGUACAGGGGUGGUCCGAUGCCAGGAGUACGUCCUCCACCACCUCCUUACGAUCAACCAUCGCCCGCUUCAACUACAUCAUCUUAUCUAAAUAAGAACCUCAAUAGCAUGGAGCCUGCGACUCCUGGUCCACAACGUGCUCCUGAAUCUAAUGCCCUUGUUGUCAAUAUACUUCUAGGCGAUACAGCCCUGAAUAUAUUCAGAGACCAUAAUUUCGACAGCUGUAGUUUGUGUGUAUGUAAUGCCGGGCCAAAAGUGGUCGGUAAUAUUAAAGGCGCGGACGCUGGAACCUAUCUGACUGGAUCGUGGGCUACUAGUAAUGUCUUCCAGGACGAAGAUCCCAUACGCUGCAGCUGCGGUUUUAGUGCAGUGGUGAAUCGCCGUCUUGCUCAUAGAGCAGGUUUGUUUUACGAGGACGAAAUGGAGAUAACUGGAAUGGCUGAAGAUCCAGCAGAAAAGAAGAAAGGAUCGUUAGCAUCGAUAGCUUGUUGCAGUGAUGUCAAACCCAACGAAAGUAGCGAAAUUGAUUUGGUGCCUAUUUCAGUGCUUGAACUUCUCCGCGAACAAUGUCUCAUAGUUCAAAGUUCAGCUUCUAGUUUAUAUCGAGCAGCAAGGUUAUACGCUACAAAUCGUGCUUCAUCUAGUUCUAUGAGCGUAAACGCGCUCGAAUUUGGUGAUGGCAACGAUCUCAGUCUUGCUGCAAUUGAUCAAGGAAAACUUGAUGAUCGUACUCCUGUAGAUAGAAAUCAACGCGUAUGCGGGGUUCAUAGAUGGAUGUUUCUACGAGCUAAGGGUCCUCAGUGCAAUGGAGACAUCGUGCGUAUUAUGAAAAUGGUACAGCCUCUACUUCAAGAAGCAAUUCAGCAAAAAGCUACACGUAUGUGGGAUGCCCCUUACACGGUACGAAUUUUGACUUGGAGGGGUUUCCACCGAUUAGCAGGUCGUGAUACGAAGGAUCGCUGUGAACCACAACCCGUACCAGCAUUGAUUGUUGGUUACGAUCGCGAUUGGCUUUCGCUGGCUCCUUACGCUCUUAGUUAUUGGGAGAAGCUUUUACUCGAACCUUAUGCUGGGCCACGAGACGUAGCGUACGUUGUACUAGCACCUGAUAACGAUUGCAUCGUUGGAAAAGUUAAAACAUUUUUUAGAGAAUUAUCCACUACAUACGAAAUUUGUCGACUUGGUAAGCACGUUCCGAUUGCCAAGACGGUAAGAGAUGGCAUAAUUAGAGUAGGAAAAUCGUCUAAUGUGAAAUCGCCAAACAACAAUGCAACGAAUGGAAAAAGUCCACCCAUAGACGAUUGGUUUAAGCUUCUUGGAGAUAACCGUAUGGGCGAGUGUCUUAGGUUGUUCGCCCAGGCCUGCAAUCAACGGCUAGCUCCGUAUCUUACUCAAAUGAUACAGGAACGAAGCCUAUUCGACUGCAGUGAUACGAGUCACAAAUCAAAUCAGCCAAAUACUAAUGUAUCUGACACUAUGCCUCCCACUCCUGAUGGUACGACUAGCAAGCCCGAGUCUGUUGAGGGAGAAAAUGCACGUAGUGAAACCCCAUCAAAUACGACGCCUAACGCCAAUUCUACGUCUGGAAAUCCAUCAUCGAUGCAAUCGUCUACCGCUGGUUCGGGACAAACUAACAUUUCUGGUUCACAACAACCAUCUCAGACCCAAUCGCAGUCGCAAUCGCAACAGCAACCACAGCCACAGCCGCAGCCACAACAGUCUGCUCCAGCAUUUGGACCAGACGAGGAAGAACACGAGUUACCUUCGAUUGUUGUUUACAUUGUUGAACCGUUUUCCCUUGGUGCUACUGACUGUCCUGAUAAAAGAAGACUAGCAAUAUUAGCUUUGUUAAGGGCCUUUGCUACUGCGGUCGCCAGUUUGCCUGAGCAUGUCAGAGGCUAUGUUAAUGUACAGUUAAUAUCCAUAGAAAGUAUUAUAGAGUUGGGUAGAGUACGAGAAAGGCGAAAGAUUCAAGAUGAAAUGAGAGCGUUGGCGUUAAACGUGUUUUUGCAAGGUCGACGAUUGCUUUCACAUCAUACGUCAGUUCGAAGUCUUACAGGUUUUGGAACUGCUGCUGCCGCCGAUCUGUUUCUUAAAAAUAAAGACGACCGCAAUCGUUCAGCGGCAAGACUUUAUGCUCCAGCCUACGUUUUGGCACCCUUACGUUGUAAAAGUGAAGCCCCUGAAUCAUUCGGAACAAGUAGUACCGAAGAAUGUUCGGUUCUUUAUCUUAGCUACUGCUUGAGUGAGGAUCAAUCUUGGUUGCUUGCGGUAGCUACGGACGAUCGAGGAGAAAUCUUUGAGACCACUAUCAUCAAUAUUGACAUUCCUAAUAGAAAACGUAGGAAAAGAGCAUCGGCUCGACGAGCUGGUUUACAGAAACUUAUGGAUUUCAUCCUUGGUGUUAUGUCACAAGGCGUUCUGCCAUGGCGUUUAGUAGUUGGCCGAGUUGGACGCAUUGGUCACGGUGAAUUAAAAGGAUGGAGUUGGCUCUUGUCGCGCAAAUCUCUUCUUAAAGCAUCGAAGCAUUUAAAAGAUAUCUGUGGUCAAUGCAAUUUGCUGUAUCCAGCUGCAUCGCCAUGCGUUUUGAGUGCUUGUCUUGUUUCGUUAGAACCAGACAGUUCGCUUAGGAUAAUGGCCGACCAAUUCACACCUGAUGAGCGUUUUAGUCAAGCGUCGGUUAAUUGCCAACUUUCAACUCCUCAAGAUGUGACUUGCACUCAUAUACUCGUAUUUCCUACUUCAGCAACUACUACGUCAUCACAAACGACUUUUAACGAACAACAAAUAAACGAUCCAGAGCUGGGCGAUGACGAAUUAUUCUCGGCUUUACACGAUGAUUUACCUGAAGGCAUGGAAGGUAUGACUGAUUUCAAUGACAUUUUCAAUGUGUGGCCAGAUCCUGGGGCAGCAGGAGGACCGAGUCCCGGUGCAAGUCCUCGUAGACCUGAGGGUUCUCCUUUAGGUGGCGAAGGCGCAGGAUCGGGUCUAGGUAAUCACGAUGGAUCCGGCAGUCCGUUCCCAGGCAGCAAUACACCUAGGGCCGGUACAAACGAUACAUCCGAAGAGGUUGGACAACUCUUACAGCAACCUUUAGCCUUGGGUUAUUUGGUAUCUACGGCACCAACGGGACGUAUGCCAUCUUGGUUUUGGGCUGCUUGUCCGCAUCUGGAAGGAGUCUGUCCAGUUUUCCUUAAAAAUGCAUUACAUUUACACAGUCCAGCAAUUCAACAGAACAGUGAUGAGCUGCUACAACAAUCUGUCACCGUACACGGUCUUGAUUCUCACUUUACAACCGAUGUGUUGAGAUAUGUACUGGAAGGCUACAAUGCACUUUCAUGGCUCUCAGUGGAUGCAAACACAAAGGACCGACUGUCCUGUUUACCAGUACACAUACAAGCGCUGAUGCAGCUUUAUCACGCGACAGCAGCCCUCGUCUGACCCCCGCCACGGGACGAUUUGUCAUCAGCUUCUCUUCCUCCGUCUUCAACACCACCACUAUCAUCUUCCGAAACAAGUGCUCAACUAGUACAACAGCAGCCAGAGCAACAGAUACUUUCUUCUACCAAAUGUGCAUCCGUUGUCGGCACUACGCUAACACUGCGCACGACCCUUGAGAUUAUUGUCUAAGCCGCUGCUUUGCACAUUCUUGUUCGUAUUUCUAUCAGUCGUCAACUCAUGUACAUGUUACUCCCAGCUGAUGAGCGUUGCAGUUAAAUGUGAUUUGUGACUUAUUGCUGAAAUUUGAACUGAGCUCGACUGAGUUACGUUUUCAACGAUCGGUCGUUAAUGUAAUUUUGUGUGAUAAGGGAAAAAAUUAUAAUUAUAAGAUUAUCUUUUGAAUGAACGAACUAAAGAGCUGCGAUACAAUAAGUGGGAUAAAUUAGUUUUUAGUUUUUAUAAUCUAUUUUUAGGUCCGAGAGAAACAAAGCUUCAAUCGUUCGCUCAUAAUUUUACAAUUUCCCAUGAUUUAAUUUUAUGACAUGUAUUAUGUUAACAUUGAUGUAGUGAUAUACCACUGAUAGAAAUUAUACGUACAAGAAUGUUCUAACUGUUAAUCAAAGUAUUCAUCUAGAUUGGUGAUAACGACGUUCACAAAUAUUAAUAAUAAUGAUAAUAAUAAUAAUAAUUAAUGAUAUGAAGGAGAAACACGUUAUUAACAUUAACAUACUCAUGAAUAAGCGGCAGUGGGACCCACCUCGUUCCUCCCUUUUAGUUGAAAAAUAGAUAAUUUAUUAUAUAUAAUGAAUGAGAAUUCUAUAUUAGGCGAAAACGAGGACGAAAGUGAACAUCUAAGCACAAGUUCCCUUUACACUUUUUCUAACUAAUGCUAAACAUUGUAGGAAUGAAAAUUAUAAACUACAUUUGUGUUCUUAGGCAAUAUUAGUAUAGUUUAAUAAACAAUCGUGUGUGUGCGUGUAUGCAUGUGCGUAUGUAAAAUGUGACGAAAAAUCAUUGAUCAUCAUAAAUUAGUAUUAAUUAUUGAAUUGAUUAAUAUACGGCAACUUCAAUGAAUCGUUUAAGCUUGAAUACUUGUUAUCUCAAGUAAAACAUGUUUGGAGCAUCUAUUUUGAUCAACGUAUAUUCACUUUUGUGUGUAAAUGUUGAUAGCUUUUCAUCUUAUUUGAAAUCGUAAGUAAAUAUACGAACUGAAAAAGUAUUAAAAAAUUGAUCAAAUGAUGCUGCAAAAAAGUAGCAAACAAGAGUAAACUUUUGUUUGCAAACUUUAUUAUGUCGUUAGAUAGUUCAAUUUUAAUGAUAAUAAAUGAGUGUGGGUAAAGUAAAACUAAUUACGAGUGAAAGAUAAAAGGAAAGCAUGUAAGAAUCUAGACGGUUACAUAUAUCCAAAUGUUUUAAUUGUAAAUCUAGUUUUUGUACAAAGCUUUUAUUAUAUUCAUAGUAAUGGAGUAAUAUAUGAUAAUAUUACGUUGUUUUUUAAUUUUAUAUAGGAAAAUAUUAAGAGGUGGCAUCUUCCUUAAUUCCUCCUGCCCUUUCUUAUCUAUUUACCAAGAGAACAAAGUAUAACUGCGAAAUGACGUCCUGAUGAUUUAUUUUAUUAUAAAAUUUUGUUUGUAAUUUUCAUGUAACUAUAUUUCAUUAUUCAUAGCACAUCUUUGAUGCAGGCAAAUUAUUUUUUUAUUUCAACUACGAAUUAUAAUUAGUAAAUUCAUUUUCACGCGAGAAAAUGGGUCUCUGUUAUCAUGUUUUCAGACCCUUAGAAGUCGCGUAUUGGAAGUAAUUUUUAUUACAAUGUUUUUUACGUAAAAUAUCAAAAUGACUAGAUGAACAGGCUUCAUAUUUGGCAUCUUGUGUAUGCCUGUAAUUAAUGCAGUGAAAAAUAUUGUUUUAAAAAUUGUAAAUUAUGUAUAACAGCUCAAUGUUCGAAUCAAAAAGUAUUCAGUUUUUGUAAGAGCAAAAGCAUUUAGAUGGGAAAAUCGUAUUUUCCAAUAAUGCCAUUGUUUCGAUAAAUUUAUCGAUUAUCGAUGACAGCAUCCUGUCUGAGAAACAUGGAUAUAAAUUAAAUCUGAUGCAAUGAACUGACUGAUAUAUAGCAAGUAUCAAAAUUUUUUGUCAGUCCCAUAGUACAAAGAUGUCUUGUAUAUAGGUAACCUUUCAUUCACAUGCCCUCUUGAAUUGGUUGACUCUACUUAGAUAAUUAAAAAACGAUAACGCCCUCACUCACUUUGUAUCUAUAGUAUUUAAAACUUGGGUAGUGCGUCAUUAUUGGGAUUAUUAUUAUUAUUACUAUUAUUAUAUUAAUAUUAUAAAAUACAAUUUUAUGUGUAUAUAAUAAUAAUUAUUAAUUAUAUACCCAUUCUGCAUUGAAAAUCAAAAUUGUUUUAUUACUAUCACUUCCUUUUAUGUAUAGUAUUAUAA